GUGACGAAAACUCUGCAAAAUAUUAGAUAGACAGAUCAAAGAUAGAUAAUAUCCCAAUUCCCAUCCCCACACACGCUAAAGAACAAUUAUCUUUUGAACAGUAAUUGAAGGAACAAAGGAGAGUGAGUAUGAGAGAGAUCCUGCACAUCCAAGGCGGCCAAUGCGGCAACCAGAUCGGCGCCAAGUUCUGGGAAGUCAUCUGCGACGAGCACGGCAUCGACCACACCGGAAAGUACAGCGGCGACUCCGAACUCCAGCUAGAGCGCAUCAACGUCUACUACAAUGAAGCCAGCGGCGGCAGGUACGUCCCCCGGGCCGUUCUCAUGGACCUCGAGCCCGGAACCAUGGAUUCCGUCAGAUCCGGCCCCUACGGCCAGAUCUUCCGCCCCGAUAACUUUGUGUUCGGCCAGUCUGGCGCGGGUAACAAUUGGGCGAAAGGACAUUACACCGAGGGAGCAGAACUGAUCGAUUCUGUCCUCGAUGUUGUUCGCAAGGAAGCCGAGAAUUGUGACUGUUUGCAAGGGUUCCAAGUGUGUCAUUCUUUGGGUGGAGGCACUGGAUCCGGCAUGGGCACCCUUCUGAUCUCCAAGAUCAGGGAGGAAUAUCCAGACCGCAUGAUGCUGACAUUUUCAGUUUUUCCAUCUCCGAAGGUGUCAGACACUGUUGUCGAGCCAUACAAUGCAACCUUGUCCGUUCAUCAACUGGUUGAGAAUGCAGACGAGUGUAUGGUUUUGGAUAAUGAGGCCCUCUAUGAUAUUUGCUUUCGCACGCUGAAACUAGCCACUCCUACCUUCGGUGAUCUCAACCACCUGAUCUCUGCCACAAUGAGUGGUGUCACAUGUUGUCUUCGGUUCCCCGGACAGCUGAAUUCCGACCUCAGGAAACUGGCUGUGAAUCUCAUCCCAUUUCCUCGACUUCAUUUCUUCAUGGUUGGCUUUGCACCCUUAACCUCCAGAGGCUCCCAGCAGUACCGGGCUCUUACAGUACCGGAACUGACUCAGCAGAUGUGGGAUGCCAAGAACAUGAUGUGUGCUGCAGACCCUCGCCAUGGGCGCUACCUGACUGCAUCAGCUAUGUUCCGUGGCAAGAUGAGCACCAAAGAAGUUGAUGAACAAAUGAUUAAUGUUCAGAAUAAAAAUUCGUCCUACUUUGUUGAGUGGAUCCCAAACAACGUGAAGUCCAGUGUUUGUGACAUCCCACCAAAGGGGCUGAAAAUGGCAUCUACUUUUAUUGGAAACUCAACCUCAAUUCAAGAGAUGUUUAGGCGAGUCAGUGAGCAGUUCACGGCAAUGUUCAGGCGCAAAGCUUUCUUGCAUUGGUACACUGGGGAAGGCAUGGAUGAAAUGGAGUUCACCGAGGCUGAGAGCAACAUGAAUGAUCUUGUAGCAGAGUAUCAGCAAUACCAGGAUGCCACUGCAGAUGACGAUUAUGAAGACGAAAGGGAUGAGGAUGAAGAAGAUGGAGUUGGCGCCUGAAAACUUGUAUUAUCUAUAUCUGUUUCUAUCUAUGUGGCUUGUCCAAUUAUCAUGGUUUGCCUAUUCUACUAUUUUCUGUGCGAUUUGUGCUAAAAGGGUUGUGAGAUCAACUAGAUUGAUAAUGCCGUAAAUGGAUGUGUAUUGGGUAUGACUAGUGCCUAUUUGGGAUGUAUGUAACAAUAUGGUUUCCAAUUCUGUUUGAACCAUGAUUGUCAUUUGUUGUUUAGAUAUUAAGACAUUGAUGGUGGAUGAUUAUCUUAGUAUCAUUUUGAUGUC